CAUCGCCUCAACUCAACCCUUGGUUUCAUCGGCAAUAAAACCAUUAAUGAAAUUUGUUGUUUUCUGCAAUUCAUAAGUAGUCAUCAUCUCAUCAACCGAUCAUCAAAUAUAUUUAUUUAGAAAUUGUCUAAACGAUCACUUUUACUUGUUUCAGUUCCAUUAUUAUGGCUUCGAUCAUCAUCGGACCUUCUUCUUCUUCUUCUUCUCAAAUUUCACUAUUUUCGCGACUAAACUUAUCUCCGAUUAGGGUUUCAAUCAGAAAUCAACCACUUGUCAUUAAAGCAUCAUCAUCAUCAUCAAGCUUGAAAUCUACGCAGUUCUCAAAUGCUAAUCAAAUAUCCCCUGUUCUUCUUCACUUCCUGCCAAUUUCUACGAAAAUGGUCGAUUCGAUUCAGAUGUUAAGGCACCGUGGUUUUCCGGUAGCAAAGGCCGCCGCCGCCGCCGGUGAUGCAGACGGAUUGUCUUUGCCUGAGCCGUCGUCUAAGAGCUUUUCUGAGAGAUUCCCAGCUUUGGUUACAGGUUCAUUUUUCUUCAUAUGGUAUUUCCUGAAUGUGAUAUUCAAUAUACUGAAUAAAAAGGUGUAUAACUAUUUCCCAUAUCCAUAUUUUGUAUCGGUUGUGCACCUCUUAGUUGGUGUAGUUUACUGCUUAGUCAGUUGGUCUGUCGGGCUCCCCAAAAGAGCACCAAUUAAUAAGGAACUUUUGGGACUCCUUACACCUGUGGCUUUCUGUCAUGCUCUUGGACAUGUUAUGUCUAAUGUCUCUUUUGCUGCUGUUGCUGUUUCUUUCACGCAUACCAUCAAAGCACUUGAACCGUUCUUCAAUGCUUCUGCUUCUCAAUUUCUUAUGGGCCAUCAGAUUCCCUUGCCCUUAUGGCUGUCGUUAGCUCCUGUCGUUAUUGGUGUUUCAAUGGCUUCUUUGACUGAGCUUUCAUUUAACUGGACUGGAUUCAUAAGUGCAAUGAUUUCAAAUGCUGCAUUUACAUAUAGGAGUCUUUAUUCUAAGAAAGCAAUGACGGGAAUGGACAGCACAAAUGUUUAUGCUUACAUCUCAAUAAUAGCACUCGUAUUUUGCCUCCCGCCUGCAAUUUUCAUUGAGGGGCCUCGAUUGAUGCAAUACGGGUUUGCUGACGCGAUUGCCAAAGUCGGACUGAUUAAAUUCUUGUCCGAUCUUUUCUGGAUCGGCAUGUUUUAUCAUCUAUACAAUCAGGUUGCUACAAACACAUUGGAGAGAGUCGCCCCUCUGACACAUGCAGUUGGGAAUGUCUUAAAACGUGUUUUUGUCAUCGGGUUUUCAAUCGUAGUAUUUGGCAAUAAGAUCUCGUCGCAAACUGGGAUUGGGACUGCGAUAGCCAUUGCAGGUGUGGCGAUCUAUUCUUUAAUAAAAGCAAACUUGGAAGAAGAAAAACGGAAAGCUGCUAAAUCUCUUCCUGCAAAAGAGUAGAUUAUCGACAGACAUUUACAAAACUUAGGUUGAAUGUCAGGAAGUUGAUGAUGGAGUUUCUCAGAGAAAUAGAAAGAUUGAUGAACUUCAAAACUCCUGUGAUUCAGUUUCCAUAAAUAAGUACUUCAUGAACUGCAAUCUGUUGCAAGACAUCAUACUUCACUUUAACACUGUUAAAAUUCUCGUAAUGUAAUAAAAAUUGUCAUUAUCAUCGC